CUAAUUGGAUUGGGCCUUUUCUGUCUGAGGCCCUGAGAAAUCUUCUGAUGACAGUUUUCCCAGAAGCUCAACCUUCUUGGUGGAAAAAGCUCCAGUUCUCUUUGCCUCACCCCUUUGCUGAAGUUCGCUGCACCAUAGAGUCAUCUUCCCAGUCUCAGAAUAAUCAGAGAUUGCUAAAGCUUCAGUCGCCUUGGCUUGUCCACCCCCUAUAGAAAGCUGCCAAAAACAGCGGGGUCAAAAUUACAGAGCUUGAAACAGAAAAAUUUUCCUCCACAAUUGGGACGAUGACCCUUCCUGAGGGCUCCAAGGACCUUCGGAACAAGGAAAAGGCCUGCAGAUAUGACAUGAAAGGCAAAAAGGUCAACUCCAAGACCUAUAGUAGAAGGAGCCAGAUGAAAGAGAAGAUGAACAAGUCCAUGGAGGAAGGAAACCUUUUUGCUCAUGCUACUUCCAGGCUGAUCGGAACCAACAGGAGGAGCAAGAAGCUGGAAGAGAAGGCAAAAGGUACUUCUUUCCCCCCUCUUCUAUUUUCACUGGUCCUAUCAAAUUUCCUGAUUUAUCUGACCUUGAGGAGAGGCAAGAACCGUACCCAGAAAUUUCGGUUAAUGUCUUGCAGCAAGUGGCAAUAGAGAGGUGCAGCAUUCCUCCGAGGGAGGUGUCCGAUGCGGAGCUGCUGAGGCCGAGGGAUCUACAGCUGCAACUUUGCAAGGAGGAUGCCUCAAAUGAACAAUUGUUGGAUAAUGAUGACACUUGACUUCUGUGGAGACCGUGGGGUGUCUUUUCCCCCUAGUUUAUUUGUCUUUUGUAACCAUACUGUUGCUAAGUAAUCCUUGCUUUCUCAAUUGCAACUGUGUAACGAUCUACAUGAGGUCUGCUGGUUCCUUUUUGGAUUACUUUUUUCAUCAGUUUGGUUCAGUCAUGGGGUCUUUUUGAGAUGAA